GGAAAGGAGGCAAGGAAGAAAGAGCUGAAGAAGAACAAGAAGCAGCGUAUGAUGGUGAGACAAGCUGUUUUGAAAGGCAAAGAUCCACUAAAACUACUACAAGAAAUGGAAAUGAUUGAUAAGAUGGAGUACAACCCAAUGGAGGCACCAAAGCUAAAUGAGAAAGUAUUGAAAGACAAGAGGAAAAAAUUGAAGGAGACUUUUCAGAGAGUUAUGAAAUUAUAUGAAAAAGAAAAUCCAGACUUUGCUCGUGAUUUACGAAAAUCUGAAAAUGAUUAUGAAAAGAAAAGAAUGCAACUUCAAGUUUUUUUUGAACAAGUAAAGAAUGCCGAACGAGUGCAGCUAGAUCAGAUUCCUUUACCAGACCUACCACAACACAGUACAAUUCCUUCCUUGAUACCUCUGCCCAAUGAAAUCCUAAUACCAAGUCUGGAUGAUUUAAAACAACCACAUGGAAUUCUCAAGAAGUCAUCUGCAUAUGGGCAAAGAGAAGCGACAGCCAUGGAAAUAGAAGUAGCCAGGCGGAGAAAACCUGCAGGUCCUCCUCCUGGGCCCCCUCCAGAAUUGUCUGACAGUGAGGAUGAGGAGUAUGAUCCUGCCAAAGAUAUAGAGGAGAACAUAGGCACGGUAGAUGUGGAAAUAGAGGAGCCCCAGGAGAUGAUGGAGGAUGAACCAAUGCUACCAGAUCCAGAGCUGGAGGAUGCCCAGCAAGCAGCUAAGCAGAGAAAGAUAAGAUUUGUUGAUGACGAUAUGAGGGAUCCUGAAGAGGAUGAGAAGGACACAAGGUUAAAGUUUGGUUUACAGAAGAAGGCUGCAGUUACACCACUACAGGCGAUGAUGUUGAAGAUGGCAGGUCAGCCAGGCCCCAAAGGCGUAGAGGUCCCACCGGUCGAGGAAGAGGAUAGGAUCACAAGACCUCGAGACAGAGAUAGGGACCGUGAACGAGAUCGUGAUCGUGAGCGUGACAGAGACAGAGAUCGUGACAGAGAUAGAGACAGGGAUCGAGAUAGAGACAGGGAUAGAGACCGUGAGAGGGACCGCGACCAUGAGAGGAGCAGAGAUAGGGAUAGAGAUCGGGACAGGGAUAGGGACAGGAGGAGUGAAAGACGUGAAGAUUCCAAGAGGGACGAAGAAGAGAAAAAGAAAGCUGUGGCUAAUCUACCAGAUGGUCCUCCUGGAGAUGAGUCAGCACAGCAAGCCGCCUCAUCCGCAAGACUUAUCCCUCCUGGUCCCCCUCCCGGUGCACCCCCAGGCCUUCCACCAGGAGUCCCUCCAGGCCCCCCUUCAGGAGCCCCUCCCAUGAUGUUCAGACCCCCAAUGUUACGAGGAGGACCUCCAGGAGCACCCCUAAGAAUGAUGCCCCCUGGUCCUCCUCCAGGUCGACCUCAAGGUCUUCCCCCUGGACCGCCACCUGGGUUACCUCCCAACAUCAGGCUGCCCCCACGAUUACCGCCCGGUCCACCAGGUGUACUGCCGCCCAGAUUAAUGAGACCACCAGGUGGGCCAUUAAACAUACUUCCCCCUGGUUUGCCUCCUCCUGGUAUUGCUUCUCAGAAUCCCAAUGUGCUCAGUGCCCCUCCCAGUAUCAUGAAACUCCCCCAGAAGGCUGGCGGCGACGACAAGAAAAACGCAGCUACAAUCGAAGCCAAACCUCAGAUCAAGAAUGUGAUGGGGGAUGUUACAAGGUUCACACCGACAGCUCUCAAGGUCAAGCGAGAAGUGCGGGACGCCAAGGGGCGUGUCAAACCUAUGGGAGGCAAAGAAGAGGAGAAGCGGCUACUAGGCCUGGCUCCUGUAGCAGCUCCAGCCUCAGCAGCAGCUCAGACCAAGACGAAGGACGACGCCUACGACCAGUUCAUGAAGGAAAUGGAGGACCUCUUCUGAUCUCAUCAUCCUCUUUUCAGGGUUGUGUUGCUGUUGUUAUGACGGUGAUCUGUUAUCCCAGACAAGAUUUGGCCAGGACCUUAGUCUAGACAGACAACAGAACCACCCUAUAGAGGUGAACCUAUUGUUGAAGAUCUGCCAACUUGAUGGAAACUGUGCCAUGUUUGUGUUAGAAAUGUGGUUAUCUGCCCUUGGUCACCAGAUCCUUCCUGUGUGUUUGUAUGGACUAUUACUAUAGUGAUACAGUAGAGGGAGGAAACGGAACCCAAGUUUGUGUCCCAUGCAGAAAUCCACACAGGAGUCAGAAGAGGUGUUAUUUACAGUGUUUGUGAACUUAAGUAUAACACUUCUACCAACAGGUGGCAUGGUAUUGGUUACUGACAUGUAAAUCAUUCAUUGUAGGUCCAGAACUGAUCAAUAUCAAACACAAACAACUAGAAAAUCACUGUUUGAUUAGGUCUGGUGAGCGAAAAGGAAUUGCUGCGUGGUUGAAUGUGAGGGUCGUGAUAGUGUGAGUGGGAUGGUACCCAGCUACAGCUGAAAUAUCAGCCAUACUACAUGGGGUACUGUCUGUUUGGAAUAUAUGGAAUGCUCACAAGCUCUGAUCAUUACAAAUUAUUUGUGUCUCAUCAAAGAAGUUUUCCAUGCUAUGAUCGCUACUAACAUUACGGAAUGCACCAAGACUUUAAUCAGUCCAAUUGAUUUGUAUAUCAUCAGAUCAUCACUACUGUUUGGAGAGUAUGGAAUGUAUGGUCUGAUAUUUUAUACAGACAUAAUGAAAUGGUAGCGGCGAGAAGUGUGUAAGUUCCGUGUUAAACAGUACAGAGUGUAUGGGUGUGUGACAUUGUUACAACAGUACUUAUUGGCAAGGAAGAUAAUAUUGACUGGUGACUAGGAUUGCUAAGUCCCGUCUUAAUACUUUUGGCUAUAUGUCAAAUUAAAAUAAUGAACUUGUA